AUGUCAAAUAUCCAAAGCGACAGUCUCCAGGACGAUCCAUCAACUAUGUCCACAAUCCAAAGUGACAGUUUCCAGGAUGAUCCAUCAACUAUGUCCACAAUGCAAAGUGACAGUCUCCAGGAUGAUCCACCAACUAUGUCCACAAUCCAAAGUGACAGUCUCCAGGAUAAUCCAUCAACUAUGUCAAAUAUCCAAAGCGACAGUCUCCAGUAUGAUCAAACAACUAUGUCCAAUAUCCAAAACAGUCUCCAGGAUGAUUCCCCAACUAUGUCAAAUAUCCAAAGUGACAGUCUCCAGGAUGAUCCGUCAACUAUGUCAAAUAUCCAAAGUGACAGUCUCCAGGAUAAUCCAUCAACUAUGUCCAAUAUCCAAAGCGACAGUCUCCAAGACAGUCUCCAGUAUGAUCGAACAACUAUGUCCACAAUGCAAAGUGACAGUCUCCAGGAUGAUCCACCAACUAUGUCCACAAUCCAAAGCAUCAGUCUCCAGGAUGAUCCAUCAACUAUGUCAAAUAUCCAAAGCGACAAUCUCCAGGACGAUCCAUCAACUAUGUCCACAAUCCAAGCGACAGUCUCCAGGAUGAUCCAUCAACUGUCAAAAUCAACUAUGUCAAAUAUCCAAAGCGACAGUCCCCUGGAUGAUCCAUCAACUAUGUCAAAUAUCCAAAGCGACAGUCUCCAGGAUGAUCCACCAACUAUGUCCACAAUGCAAAGUGACAGUCUCCAGGAUGAUCCUCCAACUACGUCCACAAUGCAAAGUGACAGUCUCCAGGAUGAUCCAUCAACUGUCAAAUAUCCAAAGUGA